CUCGGGGUGUCCGAGCAGCUGCCUGAAUGAAACUCUGAUCGACGCCACUAGUGACAGUCCAGUGGAAACACAUCCCUGCAACCUCUCUCUGCACGAUCACUCCUGGCGUGCAAACCUUCUACACUUUCAAUCAGCGCUGUGUGUGCUGGCCUGAGCGAGCAUGGAUCCCAGGAAGCUGGUGGAGCUGAAGUCUUUCGUGAAGCUGUGCGAGUCCAACCCGCAGAUCCUGCACCUGCCGGAGAUGAGCUUCCUAAGGACCUGGCUGCACGACAUGGGUGCCACGAUCCCUCCCCCAGCCAACACAAAGGAAUCCUGCCAGGGCGGCUGUCCUUGUGGGCCGGCCCCGAAAGCAGCAGCAGCAGCGCCGCCGCCGCCUGAGCCCGAGCCUCCGGCCCCGUCAGAGAGCGAGGAGAGUGAACUAGAAAUCGAGCAAGACGGAGUGAUCGAACCAGACGACGACGAGCCCCAGGACAUGGGUGGAUCUGAAGACACUGAGAUCACAGAUGAGAUGAUGGACCAGGCCAACGAGAAGAAGGUUGAAGCCAUUGACGCUCUUGGAGAAGGUGAUCUGCAGAAAGCCCUGGAUCUUUUCACUGAAGCCAUCAAGCUGAACCCCCGUGUUGCCGUCCUUUACGCCAAGAGGGCGAGUGUGUUCAUAAAGAUGCAGAAGCCCAACGCAGCCAUUAGAGACUGUGACAGAGCCAUCAGCAUCAACCCAGACUCUGCACAGCCCUACAAGUGGAGGGGAAAGGCUCACAGGCUCCUCGGCCACUGGGAGGAAGCCACCCGGGAUCUUGCCACAGCCUGUAAACUGGACUACGACGAGGACGCCAGUGCGAUGCUGAAGGAGGUCCAGCCAAAGGCCAACAAAAUCUCAGAGCACAGACGCAAAUAUGAGCGGAAGAGGGAAGAGAGAGAGCUCAGGGAGAAGCAGGAGCGACUAAAGAAAGCCAGAGAGGAGCACGCACGCGCUCAGAGGGCAAAGGAAGCGCGAGGGUUUGGAGGAGGAUUCUUCCCAGGCCCUGCUGGAUUCCCGGGCGGAGCUCCUCCCGGCAUGCCCGGUCUCGGAGAUCUCUUCAAGGAUCCUGAGCUGCUCAAUGCCAUGAAGGAUCCCGAGGUGAUGGCUGCUUUCCAGGAUGUGGCACAGAACCCUGCCAACAUCUCCAAGUAUCAGAACAAUCCCAAAGUCAUGGCCCUCGUCACCAAGCUGAGUGCUAAAUUUGGAGCUUCCCCGCAACCGUAGAGAGGAAGAGACCAAAAACUGAAUGGAUAUGUGAAGCAGUUUAGACUGAGAUUUUCAACUAUUAUUCACUGUGUAGUUCAAAUGGGGGGGGGUGGGUGAUGGGUGACUGAUGUAAAUGUGGGCUAUUUUUCUUUUUAUGUCCUUAAUCAGCCUGUUAACAUUUAAACAAAGCAAUCCGAUUGUUAGGAGUCAGGUCUGGUGCUGAGGCGACCCCUUCAGCUCAUCUCAGCUGCGACUGCACUGGACCACAGGGGGGACUUCACAAUCCACUGAAGGUUCCUGCAUUAAAACGCUAACAUCGCUGUAACCAUUGGAUACCAGAAAAGACUUCUGGUUUUCACUCUGUGAAGAGUCGAACACGUGGGUGUUUGGCACAUUUUGUUAUCAGAUAUGUUACAUUUACAGAAAAAGUCCUUAUUUGAUGUUUGACCCUGAUGGAAAAAUAAUUCACAAUAAAAUCUGAUGCAAAACUGA